GCUAAAACAAAUGUAUAAUUUAGAUUUGUUGUAGCAACAAAUGUGGCGUCGAUGGUAACAACUUGCAGAGAACUGACGAAAAAAUCAAAAUGCCACAUAAUUCUCAAGCAUACUGGAUUGCUGAAAGCAUCAAAGACAAGAAAUUUGAAGACAAAUAUGACCUUGGAAGGGAGCUUGGAAGAGGCGCUACAGCAAUAGUUUACAAAUGUACUCUUAAAGGCACUGAUCAUGUGUGGGCUGUGAAAAUAAUGGACAAAAGGGUGGAGCAAAAAACAAUCAUGACAGAAGUUGGAAUAUUGCUCAAGAUGGACCAUCCAAACGUUGUUCGAAUGAAGGAAGUAUUUGAGACAUUAGAAAAUGUGUACAUUGUUCUGGAACUUGUCACUGGAUCCGAAUUAUUUCAGCGGAUUGUGACACAAGGCUUUUAUUCAGAGAAGCAAGCAGCAAAUGCUGUGAGAGAUAUUGUGCAAGCUGUCAAAUAUCUCCAUGAUCACAAUGUCGUCCAUAGAGACCUCAAGCCAGAGAACAUAUUGUAUGAAGACUUGUCCCCAGACUCCAGGCUAAAAGUUGCUGACUUUGGACUGUCUACAAUUGUCAGUAACAAAGUGUCCUUGAUGACAGUGUGCGGCACACCUGGCUACUGCGCCCCUGAAGUCUUGAAAGGUCAGAAGUAUGAACGGAGCUGUGAUAUGUGGAGCGUUGGAGUUAUUACAUACAUUCUCUUGUGUGGAUAUGAACCUUUCUUUGCUGAAAAUGACAAUCAAAUGUUCAAGAUGAUUCUCAAAGCGGACUACAAAUUCGAUUCUCCAUGGUGGGAUGACGUCAGUGAAAAUGCAAAGGACUUAGUAAGGAAACUGCUGGUACUGGAUCCCAAGAAACGCUUGACACCGGACGCAGCUUUGAAACAUGUCUGGGUCUCUGGAAUGGCAAACAAAUCAACGCCCAAGGGUGACACCAUUGAGAAGCUGAAGGAGUUCAAUGCAAGGAGAAAGCUCAAGUUAACAACAGAUGCCCUGAUGGCGGUGGCUGGUGCCACAAAGAAAAUGGACUUGUUAAACUUGCUGGCUCAAAAUGCUGGUCUUGACACCUCGAGGGAGGAGGAAGAAAGCAUGGAGGUCAGCUGAACAAGUCUCAAGAGUCAAAGAUCACAAGAACAGUUCUUGUGAAAUAAUCCUACAAAUAUUUGCAUUUCAAUAAAAAUGAAAGGUAUAAUAGGUUUUAUUGAAAUGACAGAAAUGCUCCACAUGAUUGAGAUAACUUGAAAAAAAAAGCAGAAUGUUAAAGCUCUUACAGAGAUGCAAAUUGAUACCCAUGUUCAUGUUAAUAAGAUGUUCAGAAAUUCCAGUCCUAUUUUGCACUGCAUAUUCUCCACCAUCUUAACACUACUGCAGUAAGGAAAAUUCAGCAGUUUAGUUCAGGAGGCCAAGAUGACAGAGAUUUUCUUUAAUUUCACAUAUUCCUGGGAAGUAGAAUGACAGAUUUCACUAGUUCCACUGUCAAAUUUACUCUUCAGUUAUUUUAUGCUACACAAACAUAUAUAUAUAUAUAUAUAUACGUCAAGCUCACGAUAUAGAUAUUUCCAACAGAAAUGCAGACACUGUCAAUAUGAAAACCCAUUUUUCAGAAACAUUAAUGUACAGUCUAGCCCAGAUAUCUUGAACAUGUCAGGGAUUGACAAAAAUGCUCAACACACAUCCAUAAUUUGAGUAAACUAUGAUUACAAGAAAUAAAAGAAAUGUUGAACAAAAUGAAACCACCACCGUGAAAAGUACCUGGUUAUUGAUUAAUAAAGGAUAAAGAAGAAUGAAUAGUAAGUGCUCCCUGUUUGGAGUCAUUACAAGAAAAAAGAAGAGAGUGAUGCUGAUGAGCCUUAGAUUUAUAUCUGAACUGUAACCUGAUACUCUUGAUGGGUGUGGUUUUGUGCUACGUGCCCACAGGGCAAUUUGAAAUUGAGACAAUUGUGAGGACAAAUUUGAUCUGAUUUUUCAUGAUGAGCUGUUUGACAUAUCCGUGCGUGUUUGAAAAAAAGUGUUGCCAAAGCAAAGAUAAUAUAACUGUUCAGUUGGAGAAUGGCAAAUUGUAUGAGCUAUUUGUCAUUUUGAGUUUUGCGUGUUCGUGGUAUCUGUGCUGGACUGUAGAGUGUGUGACUUACCACAUGUGCUCAAGAAUGUUCUCCAUCUACUUACGAAAUUAUUUAUUGUCUAGUUGGUCGUGAAAUACUUCACUUCAUUACAUUUUGCUAUAUUGUAAAAUUAUAUAAACUCUUUAUGUUUGGCACCUUUGAAAUCACUUUCAUUUAACCACAUGGGAAAGGCAGAAGAAAUGGAAAUGGAGAUUUUCAAAAGUUUCGUUCUUAUUUUUUUUCAUUGAGUUUUUAUUGACUGUUUAAAAAAAAAUGACAAGUGUUUUGUUGUGUAAAAUCCAAGUACGAAUUUCAUGAGGCACACCAUUUUUGCUUUAUGCUUCCAACAUUAUAUUUUUGAACGAUUUCAUUUCAACUCCACUUUAGGGCUACACAAUUUGACCAUCUCUGAUAGUGUACUAAAGAACUACCAAAGUGUUUCAGCCAUCUUUGUGGACUUUGAGGGUUUCUGUCAUGCAUAAUGCUAGCUUUACGUGCCGCUGUCCAGAAACAUUUCUGACAUUACUCUGUGCUAAAACUUUUGACUUUUUAAAUAUCAUUACUGGGCGGCAAUAUUAUUUUUAUAAUUGUACCUUGAGCUAAAGUAUACCAAAAAAUGUUAACAAUUUGUUUUCAUCUCCUUAGGUGGAACUAUGUUUAAGAAAAAUAUAUGCAAAACUUUCUCCACUCUAUCUCAAGUGUAAAUAUAUGAAUAUUUAAUAUCAUUCUACUGCUUUAAAUAAUUGCAAGUAAACAUUUAUAUUAGAAUUUUGGCAGUCUUGAAAAGAGAGACUGAUGUUGUCCACAAACACUUGUAUAUAUAAUUCUGAACGUUUAUUUGUCGUGGCAGUGAUAAUUUGGGAUCUCUUUAGUCUCCUGGUACCUUUUUUCGUACUACUUGUUUUUUUCAAAUCAUUUUUUAAUGAUUAAUUAGUCUUUACGAUAUUCUUAUUAUACUGUGAUACAAAACAAAAAAACACAAAAUUAUAUUGUGUCUUAUUCGA